AUGACCUCGGUGUGGAAGCGCCUGCAGCGCGUGGGCAAGCGGGCCGCCAAGUUCCAGUUUGUGGCCUGUUACCACGAGCUGGUGGUGGAGUGCACCAAGAAAUGGCAACCGGAUAAGCUGGUGGUGGUGUGGACCCGGCGGAACCGACGCAUCUGCUCCAAGGCCCACAGCUGGCAGCCAGGCAUCCAGAACCCAUACCGGGGCACCGUGGUGUGGAUGGUGCCAGAGAACGUGGACAUCUCUGUGACCCUCUACAGGGACCCUCACGUGGAUCAGUACGAGGCCAAAGAAUGGACAUUUGUUAUUGAGAAUGAGUCCAAGGGGCAGCGGAAGGUGCUGGCCACCGCCGAGGUGGACCUGGCCCACCACGCGGGGCCUGUGCCGGCCCCAGUUCCCCUGCGGCUGCGGCUGAAGCCCAAGUCGGUGAAGGUGGUGCAAGCCGAGCUGAGCCUCACGCUCUCCGGGGUUCUGCUGCGGGAGGGCCGCGCCACGGACGAUGACAUGCAGAGUCUCGCGAGCCUCAUGAGCGUGAAGCCGAGCGAUGUGGGCAACCUGGACGACUUUGCUGAGAGUGACGAGGAGGAGGCUAAUGGCCUGGGGACCCCCGAGGCACGGGCUCGUGUGCCCCAGCCAGACCAAUCUCGGGAGCUGAAGACACUUCGUGAGGAGGAGGAGGAGGGCCGGGUACAGCCCCGGCAGGCAGCUGCCAGUCCUUCUAGUGCGGAGGAUACCAGCCCAGCCCCUGUGAGUGCCCCUGCGCCCCCAGCCAGGGCCUCCCGGAGCCAGGGGUCAGAACCAGCUACUGUAGCAGGGGGCCAGGUGGGGCUCAAGUCCCCCAGACCCCCGGGAACCCCACCAGAGAAGAGGUCCUCAAGGCAGCCAGGCCAGGAUGUGGCCCCCAGCCCAGCACCUCGGCUCCGGAAAGGCUCUGAUGCCCCUUGGCCCCCAGGCGCCCAAGGGGAAGAUGAGGCUCCCAAAGCCUCAGGGGCUCCCCUAGCAGGAGUGGGUUCCUCUGGGGAGACCGAGGCCCAGGAAAGCCCUCAGGAAGGGACAGAGGCUCAGGGAGCCAGGCUGGGCCGAGGCAUUGAGGAUGGAGACUCCAGAGACCCUUUGGUAGGGCAGAAACCCGAGGUGGAGGAGGGGAACCGUGGGGACAGGCCAGGGGCUAGAGGGGUGGACACUGAGCAGGAGUCAGGAGUCAGAGAGGUGAACACUAAGAGGUCAGACAUCAGAGCGGGGAAGGCUGAAGAGAGUUUAGAAGUGAGUCAAGUGGAUGCUGAGCAGAGGUCAAAGGUGAGACAUGUGGACACUAAGGGACCAGAGGCUAUAGGAGUGAUGUCUGAGGCAAGAUUCAAGGAGACUCCCGAGGCUCCUCCAAGGGGCUCUCAGGGGAGGUCAGGGGUCAGGACCAGGGAUGAGGCUCCCGCAAUUCUGAGCACACCCCCAGCAGAGCCUGCAGGGCACACCAGGCAUCUUGGUGACCUUAAGGGGGCCAGGGCUGCCACAGGCCAGGAGAGAGGGGGUGCAGAGGUGAGAGGCAGAGCUCCUGGUGUUGGGGGGACAGGCCCGGAGCUGGGUCCCUCUGUUGGAACAGCAAGCGUCAGGCCCCAGGUGAGCAGGCACCAGGGGGCCCCACCAGCAGCUGACCAGGGGGUAAUGUCUAGGGAUCUGGGGUUCUGGGAGGCAGAGGCUGGGGAUUUGAGGGUCCUGGGAACGGAGUCAGAGGUACUGGGGAAUCAGGAGACAGAAGUGGGGGGAUCAGGGUUCCCAGAGAUAACGAAUGGGACAACAGAAGCUAAGCUACUGGGGGCCCAGGAGACGGAGACCAUGGGAUCAGGGGUCCUGGACUCAGAGGCUGCUGGAAUGGCAGAGUGUGAGGAACUGGGGACCCGGGAGCUAGCUGGGGGUUCAGGCGUACUGAGGGUAGAGCCUGAGAAAGCAGAAUCUGAAAUACGGGGGGCCCAGGAGACAGAGGUGGGAGGUUCCAGGAUGCCAGAGACAGAGGCUGGGAGGGCAGAGGCGGAGAUAUUGGGGACCCAAGAGACAAAAAUGGGGGGUUCAGGAAUGAAAUCUGAGAUAGCAGGGACCCAGGAAACAGAGGUAGGCAGUUCAGGGGUCCCAGGAUUCAAGACUAAAACAGCAGCAGCUGAGACACUGGGGACCCAGGAGCUAGCAGCUGGGGGUUCAGGGGUCCCAAGGAUAGGGGAUGACAUAGCAGGAGCCCAGGAGACAGAGGUGGCGGAUUCAAGGGUUUUAGGGCCAGAGGUUGGGAUGGCAGAGGCUGAGGGCCUGGGGACUGAACAGACAGAAACUACAGUGUUAGAGGCUGAGAAGGUGAAGGCUAAGACUUUGGGGAUCCAGGAGGCAGAGACUGGGCUCGGGGGGACCCUCAAAUAUGAGGCUUUACAGGACUCCAUCACUAAGCAUGGAGUUUUAGGGCCCCAGGGAGUAGAGGCAGAGGCAGAGACUACAGUUUUGAGGGUCCAGGAGGAGGAAGCUGGGGUUUGGGGGGUUUCAGAGGCCAAGUCUGGGGCUUGGGGGAUCCCGGAAGCAGAGAUGGAGGGUUUAGGGCCUCCAGAGAACAAAUCCAGGGUUGUGGAGGCCCAGGAAGCACAACCUGGGGUCUCAGGGACUGAGAAGGGAAAAGAAGCUGAGGGAAACCUCCCAGAGGCAAGCCUGACUGAGGAGCAGGUAGCCAGUGGGGCAGGGGCCGGGGUGCCCAAGCCCUCGGGGGCCUCUUCCCCAGAGGAGCCUGAAGAGGACGGGAGGCUGCCGGGCAGCCAGGCACCGCCUGCCCCAGUCAGCUCCAGUCAAUCCCUGCUGGAGUGGUGCCAGGAAGUCACCGCUGGCUACCGAGGCGUCCGAGUCACUAACUUCACUACAUCGUGGCGCAACGGCUUGGCCUUCUGUGCCAUCCUGCACCGAUUCUACCCAGAGAAGAUUGACUAUGCCUCCCUGGAUCCACUCAACAUCAAACAGAACAACAAGCAGGCCUUCGAUGGCUUCGCGGCCCUGGGCGUUUCGCGGCUGCUGGAGCCGGCGGACAUGGUGCUGCUGUCAGUGCCCGACAAGCUCAUCGUCAUGACUUACCUGUGCCAGAUCCGCGCCUUCUGCACCGGGCAGGAGUUGCAGCUGGUGCAGCUGGAGGGCGGCGGCGGCGCUGGCACGUACUGUGUGGCCAGCGCCCGGCCGAGCCCGCCCGACGGCCUGGACGCCGGGGGCCUGGCGCAGCGGCUGCGCGAGCACCGGGCCGAGGCGCCGGAGGAGCCCAAGGGGCCCAAGGGGCCCAAGGAGCCCGAGAACCGCGCGGACGGGGCGGCUCCCGAGGCGGCCUCCAAGGACCACGGUGCCGAGGCCGCCCAGGAGGCGCGCGCGGCGGAGGCCCCCGCCGACGGCCCCGGAGCCCGGGCGUCCGUGGCCCCGGCCGAAGGGCUGGUGAACGGGGCUGGGGCGCCGGGCGCCGGGGGCGGCGUGAGGCUGCGGCGGCCGUCGGUCAACGGGGAGGCCGGGCCGGUGCCCCCGCCCCGAGCGCACGGCUCCUUCUCCCACGUGCGCGACGCCGACCUGCUAAAGAAGAGGCGCUCGCGGCUGCGGAACAGCAACUCCUUCUCGGUGGACGACGCGGACUCGGGAGCGGCCGGAGCGGCCGGAGCGGAAGGCCUGAGCCCUGACCCCGGCCCUGCCCCUGGCCCACCCACGGCCACAGCCCCACAGCAGUCCCCUGGUGGGAGUCCCCCAUCAGAGGAGCCACCCCCAAGUCCAGGGGAAGAGGCUGGGCUGCAAAGGUUCCAGGACACAAGUCAGUAUGUGUGCGCAGAGCUGCAGGCCCUGGAACAGGAGCAGAGACAGAUAGAUGGGCGGGCAGCCGAGGUGGAGACACAGCUGAGGAGACUUAUGGAGUCAGGUGCCGACAAGCUGCAGGAGGAGGUGCUGAUCCAGGAAUGGUUCACAUUGGUCAACAAGAAGAAUGCUCUCAUCCGAAGGCAGGACCAGCUGCAGCUCCUCAUCGAGGAGCAGGACCUGGAGCGGAGGUUCGAGCUGCUGAGCCGGGAGCUACGGGCCAUGCUCGCUAUCGAAGACUGGCUGAAAACGGCCGCGCAGCAGCACCGAGAGCAGCUUCUGCUGGAGGAGCUGGUGUCGCUGGUGAACCAGCGCGACGAGCUGGUCCGGGAUCUGGACCACAAGGAGCGGAUCGCCUUGGAGGAGGACGAGCGCCUGGAACGCGGCCUGGAGCAGCGGCGCCGCAAGCUGAGCCGGCAGCUGAGCCGGCGCGAGCGCUGUUCGCUGAGCUGAGGCCCCGCCCGCUCGCCGCGCAGGCUUUGUCGCCGCCGCGC